UGGUCUCCCAGGACCCUGCAUUCACUAUAUCUGGUCUCCCUGGACCCUGCGUUCACUAUAUCUGGUCUCCCAGGACCCUGCAUUCACUAUAUCUGGUCUCCCCGGACCCUGCAUUCACUAUAUCUAGUCUCCCCAGGACCCUGCAUUCACUAUAUCUGGUCUCCCAGGACCCUGCAUUUACUAUAUCUGGUCUCCCAGGACCCUGCAUUCACUAUAUCUGGUCUCCCACAGUACACAGAACAUGGAAAUGCACUCUCCAAAGAAAAAAAAAACAACCUUUCUAGCAAUACACACCAAACUGAGCAUGUGCAGAGUGUCUCCACACUAUAUGCCUUAUCAGGAGAUAAG